ACCACCGUGACCGUCGGUUAACCGUGAUUCGUUUGGAUCUUCUUGGUUGCCUCUGUCUGGUCUGUGCCGUGUGCAAGACAGCGGAGGGCACGUCGAACCAAGACAACGUGCAAGGUAUUCUUUUCCGAGUCGCACUGAACCUCUCACCACUCCGCGACUGUGUUCCUUACAAGUUCAGAGUACAGUCACUCUCAAAUCCAGCUCAGAGACAAAGGUGCCUUCUUAGCCCAAAACGAGGCUCCACUUCCUUUCCUGAAGUUGCAGUAGCUGAUGAGGCUAGGUCUGACCAUUAAACGCACAAAGAAAUCUUUGCGUAUUUUCGUACCAUGACCGCCUUUGCCCCACCGCCUUUUGAGCCUGUAGCCAUUCGUCCCGCGCGGAAGGAGAACAGGAUCGUUGCCUUCUUUCGCUCUCGUUCUCGCUCCAGAUCUCGCGCCAAAUCGUCUCCCAGUUCGAGUGCUGCCCAAUCCUCUACGGAUGUACGACUUCUGCCUGCCUCUAGGCUUCGCAUAAGUCAUGCGCGUUCUACCAGCCUGGUACAUGAAUCGGGGCCUACAGCCUACGACAGUCUGGCUGCCACAGGAAGUCAGGUAAAUUCCAAGCCAGGCACACGUACUUCGACACGUCCGAUAUCAUCCACAACCACCGCCACACACUCCACGAUCACCCCUCUUCCUUCCGACUCUAUCAGAAGAAGACAAAGAAUGUCGCGUCAUGUUUACUCGCAUGACUACACCCAAGGAGAAGAUGCCGAUCACCACGCCAACGGUGAUCAUGCCACAUCUCACGAUGAUCACGAUCGUGCAACUCGUUCAGAUACCCCCUCUUCUUUCAAUCAGCGCCGGAAGUUAGAGCUGCGCUCCAUUUUUGGCAUUGGCCUGUCACGGAAAUCAUCGCUUGCCAACUCGUCCCGGAAACCAUCACCAGGAUCCUCCGACCGCAAAGUUUCAUCUUCAUCCCUAGCAGGGAACAUUCUUUCUCGCAAACGAUCAUUCAGGCUCAACUCCAGACCAAACACUCCAAAGUCUACUGACGAAUCUCGCGUUACGAAGACAUCCACCGGCACAAUACCCACUCCCUCUAAUCCCCUUCCACUGUCUGCCGGUCCCCGCAGACUUUCAUUUGGACUGACCCCAAGUUCUCGUACGCAUUCCCCAAUGACAUCGUCGGGCCACCUUCCCCUAGCUCUUCCUUCACGUCACAAACGGCACUCUGUCGGGUCUCAUGACACUGCUCAUGAUAGUGCUGUUGCAUUACCUGAUGACCGUUCAGACAGUGCUAUCACUUCGUCAAGCCAUCUGGACACAAGGUCUAAUUCAAAGACAAGCGCUUCUAACCUUAGCCACACCGGCAAAUCCCGCAAAGGCAAGGAGCAAGAACGUGAUGCCAGCAAUUCAAAACCGCGCAAGACAUCUCGCACGGAGACAUCUCCCAUCAUCAGCAUAUCUCCGCCGCCACCACAAAAUGACUCACGUGGCAAGUAUGAUCCUGGUGGCCUCGUGGUAUCAAUGUUGCCCACGGUAGAGUCCCUGGCUGAAGAAGACGCGGUAGAACAGCCUCUAAUUCAUGCACCGCAUGCAAGACCAGCCAUACCACAAAUUAUUCAUACCCCACCGACUCCACAAAGAACAGCGGAAUUAGAUUCACCUGUGCGGCCCGCUACCACGCCACCAAGAUUGAGCGGAGGACAAGGGAAGCCGCGCGAAGUCCUGCUCAGUCAGGAACCGAUCGCUGUUCACAAGGAGCUUCCAAAGUUGCAUGCACGACCAAUUCCGCCUACUGGAUGUGAUCCCGCGCACAACCCACGUAUGCGCAGCAGAUUCUCACCCCGGUUAUUCGGGGGCAAGGAUUUGUCCAGAGAAAGCAAGAAGCAGAAGUCCGGUUGUGUGCACGAAUCCGUUCAUCCUCCAGGGGCCGCGGGUCCUCCGCGAAAUAUCAGCCGUCGGAUCCAACAUGGCAGUUUUGACUUUGAGAGACCUGUCUCUGGUCUAAACAGGAGCAGCUCGACAGUCAAUGGAUCGCUAGUGAAAGGCGAAGGCUUGACUCAAUCUCGUAAAACCGGAGCCGCGACUCAUCGGCCGACAGCCUUAGAACGAACGGCAUCAUCAUCAUCUGAUCAUACAGGGAAGUCGCGAACAUACGCGUACCAUCCCACCCGAGCCGACUCUCCCCUCCUCGCCCAGCUCACCGCGAACCACACGGGCGAAACCUCAGUUGUUUCCUUCUCAUCUGCAUCCGCCUCUGCACAGUCGAAGUCAACGGGAAAGUCUGCCCCAGCUGCCGUACAAUCCUCCAGUAGUUGGGGACGCGCAUCAGGUAGACGAACUCAGCGCACGUCACAUGGACCAUUCCCUUUCGAGCCGGCCGCAUCAGUACCAAAUUCUCCGUUACCGACUUCUUCUGCACUGCCCCAUUAUUCACCAUCCCCACGCAGACAGGAGUUCGACAUACCAGAAGGACCUGCCUCGUUGCCCCCUAACUCUCCUCUACGGAGUGAGUUCGGGGUUGGGGGAGGAUCUCUACGCGACAAGAGCCAAAGCGCUCGCGGCCCUGGGCAACAAGAACGCGAGGGAGGCAGCGAAAAGAAGGGUAAAGGUCGUUCACUCGAUCUUAAACUCGGUUUAUCUUGGGCACCUAAUCGCGUCCGUCAAGAAGCUGUUAUACCCGGACUUCUCCUUUCGCAAAAGCAAGAGGAGGAGCGGCACCGUGGGAAGGACGUCACGAAAGUCUUUGAGAACGUACUAUCUGAAUCUGGAUUCGAGACGUUCAAGAAGUAUGUUCACCGAUUUGACGCGCACCUAAUACCCCUAGACGGCCCUCGGGGACUCCUAGUGCGCGUCGAAAAAUUACUCACCACCACCCCGAUGUCACAGGCAGAAAAGGUAGAACUGCUGGACCAGUUCGCUCGAUUCGUGGAGGGACACAGCGAAGUUUAACGGAUAAUAUCACGUCAUGUAAUGGGGAUUUAUUGGUUAUGAGAUGAGUAACUUUUUUCACUAUAUAACGAGUUUUCGUCAUGGUUUCACGUUUCACAUACCAAGCAUCGCCUUUAUUAUCCUACACCCUGUGAUACACCCUCUUUAUCAUUUUAUAUUUCACGCAUUCAACUUACACGGGCCUGUUUAUUCUUGUCGUCACGAUCCACACGCAUUUUCUGUAUUCACUCCUUGCCAUGCUUUCAUGCUAUGAUACCGUUUGCAGUUACGUCCUACCAACUAGGUUUAAUGGAAGUUUUGGUGCUAUCGUGUCCCUGCGUAGUACAGGCCUUUCGCGCGUUCUUGC